GCCCCUCCCUCUCCCCAGUCCGAUCCGCCCGCCGGCUCCCCCUCCCUCGAUCCCUCGGGUCCCGGGAUGGGGGGGCGGUGAGGCAGCCACAGCCCCCCGCCCCCAUGGCCGCCCGUCGGAGCCAGAGGCGGAGGGGGCGCCGGGGGGAGCCGGGCACGGCCCUGCUGGCCCCGCUCGUCCUGGGCCUGGGCCUGGCGCUGGCCUGCCUUGGCCUCCUGCUGGCCGUGGUCAGUUUGGGGACCCGGGCAUCGCUGUCUGCCCAGCAGGAGCCUUCCCAGGGGGAGCUGGUGACAGAGGAGGACCAGGACCCGCUGGAACUAGAUCUGCAGACAGAAGAGAGCCAGGACCCUGUGCCCUUCCUGAACCGACUAGCUCGGCCUCGCAGGAGUGCCCCUAAAGGCCGGAAAGCUCGGGCUCGCAGGGCAGUCGCAGCCCACUAUGAAGUUCACCCACGACCAGGACAGGACGGAAUGCAGGCAGGUGUGGACGGGACAGUGAGCGGCUGGGAAGAAGCCAAAAUCAACAGCUCCAACCCUCUGCGCUAUGACCGACAGAUUGGGGAAUUUACAGUCACUCGGGCUGGGCUGUACUACCUUUACUGCCAGGUGCACUUUGACGAGGGGAAGGCUGUCUACCUGAAGCUGGACUUGCUGGUGGAUAACAUGCUGGCCCGGCGCUGCCUGGAGGAGUUCUCCGCCACCGUAGCGAGCUCCCCAGGGCCCCAACUUCGCCUCUGCCAGGUGUCUGGGCUGCUGCCCCUGCGGCUAGGGUCCUCCCUGCGGAUCCGCACCCUCCCCCGGGCCCAUCUCAAGGCUGCCCCCUUUCUCACCUACUUUGGACUCUUCCAAGUGCAGUGAGGGGUCCCAGAUUCUCCCACAUCAAACAUCCCUGUCCUCUCUGCCCAACCCUAAGCUGCUCCUCACCCCAGAUCUGCCCCUCCCUCUAUAGACUGCCAGGGUUCGGCCCCAUGUUCCCAUCCCACAUAAAUAGCCUCGUCUCUUCGACACUCCCCACCUCCCACUCUGCACCUCCCAGCUCCCAAACCCCUGACGUUUUGAUGCCCUCAUUCACCCUGACUCCUACUGGCCACAGCCCCCGGAACAUUGUUCGCUGUACUCUGUGGACAAGAUGGGUCCAAAAGAACCCACCACACGCACUGGGAGGGGCUGGGCUUGGCAGCAGGAAGCCAGAGAGACUGGGACUAGGCCAGGAGCUCCCAGAUGUGAGGGGUGAGAGGCCGACACAGGCUCCUCCCUCCAUAACUCCCUGUGGAUUUUUAAAACAGAUACUAUUUUUAUUAUUAUUGUGACAAAAUGUUGAUAAGUGAAUAUUAAAGAGAGUAAGUCAUGGA